AAAGUCGACCACAACAAUGUCCUCUCCAAAACGCACUGCUUCACCAUCACCAUCGUCCGAGGCCAAAAGAAUUAAACUCACAGUACCUCAGCAAACGCAAGGAGCUACACCAGUCGACCCAGAAAAUGCAACAGGAAAGCGUAGCGAAUUGGAACCAAUUACUGGCGGCGAAAUUGGAAACCUGCCACCAGUGGAGGGCCCUUCUACAGCACAACGACUGAAGCCUGAUGACGGGGAGGAUGGCGGGGACGUUUCUAUGGCGGAGGGAGGAGAUCCUGCGGACGAGGAGGCAGAGUCAGGGGAGGACGGUGACGAUGAAGACCCUGCACAACUCGAAGCGACUCGACUUCGUUUGGAGGAACAAGCCCGCAAAUACCUUGCUGCACAAACACACGAAGUUAUUAUCCCGUCUUAUGCUGCUUGGUUCGAUAUGUCUAAGAUACAUCCCGUCGAACGACGCGCUUUGCCUGAGUUCUUCAAUUCCCGACAUCGUUCCAAGACCCCUGCUAUCUACAAAGACUACCGCGACUUCAUGAUCAACACGUACCGACUCAGACCAUCUGAAUACCUGACUGUCACUGCGUGCCGACGUAACCUUGCAGGAGAUGUUUGUGCUAUUAUGCGCGUUCACGCGUUCCUUGAACAGUGGGGUCUAAUCAACUACCAGAUUGAUCCUGAGCAGCGACCUGCCGCUCUUGCGCCUCCAUUUACAGGUCAUUAUCGUGUUAUCCUCGAUACUCCACGAGGACUUCAGUCCCUCCACCCUGGUACCCGGCCGAAUACUCAUCCGCACGCGGCGACAGCCAAUGGUGCUCAAAAGCUUGCAACUCCUGCAACCUCCGCCUCUCUCGAGCUCCGCAAGUCUAUCUAUCAGACAACAGCAAAGGCUUCUCGCGAAGUGGCACCUGCUGAAGCAGAAGCCCUUGCAAACGGUGCCGACGCGAAUGGCGGUCGGCCUGCGGAGUUAAAGUAUCAAUGUGACACUUGCGGCGUAGAUUGUACACCUGUCCGCUAUCACUCACUCAAAGUCAAAGACUUUGAGCUUUGUCCACCAUGUUAUCUGGACGGCCGUUUCCCCUCGACGAUGUUUAGUGGAGACUUUGUGAAGUUGACGCAGUCGCAGCCGAACGGCAUUCACCAUGGCACGGACGCUGACUGGUCAGAUCAAGAGAUCCUCUUACUACUGGAGGGUGUUGAAAUGUAUGACGACGACUGGUCCGCUAUCGAAGAGCAUGUUGGUUCGCGUACUGCGCAACAGUGUAUACGCAAAUUCCUGGAGCUGCCCAUCGAGGACCCGUAUAUCGCAACCGAAGGCAAUAUGGGACCUCUACGUUAUGCGCGAGUACCGUUCGAACAAGCUGACAACCCAGUCAUGAGUGUUGUGGCCUUCUUGGCUGGCGUUGUUGGUCCUGGUGUUGCUGCGGAAGCUGCUAAGUCUGCCUUGCAUGAACUCACGGACGCCGACAAGAAGGAGGAUGUAGAGAAGAAGGAGUCGGAAGAAGAGAAGGGCAAGGAGACAACGGCACCGAAGGAGAAUGAAAAGAUGCAGGAAGAUACACAGGAAGCAUCGGCGCCGACUGUCAAGCCCUCAGUGGAUUCUGGUGAGAAGCCAUCUGAUGAGGCAGGUCCUUCUGAGGUUAUGGCCGUCGACGGCGAGGUUUCGUUGAGGACCCAACAGUCACCUCACGCCAUUCCCCAUUCCAAAGUUGUUCGAGCUGCCACUAUCGCGCUGAAAUCGUCCGCCAAGGCCGCGAAGGAGCUUGCGGAUGCAGAAGACGCUAACAUUCGAUCGACACUCGCGAACCUCAUUAAACUUACUCUCACAAAACUGGAACUCAAGAUGAGCCAAUUUGAGGAACUCGAGGAGUUGCUCGAGGACGAACGACGAGGCCUUGAGAGCGCACGAAUGGCGUUGGUCGGUGAACGUGUCGGAUUGAAGAAGAUGCUCGACAACGUCAAAACGGAGCUGGCAAAGCAUGCCGCAGGAACCGGGAGUGCGGUAGCGGUGAAUGCCGCCGCUUCGCAUGCCCAGGCUUCAUUGGAUGGUAGCGGACAGGGCGCACGAGUGCAGGAGGUCCAGGUCGGGAUAGAGGGUGAUGGCGGACCUGUUGCCGGUGGAAACAUCGGUCAGCUCAGCUGAGCAUCGAGGUGUACCUAUUUCCUUUCUGUUUUUGUGGUUUGCUUUUCCCUUUGUGAUAUUUGUUACGUUAUAUGUCAUUUCUGUAGAUGUAGGAUAAUUAUAAACUGGCUGCUUGUGCGAUGAUCGCAAGCGGAGAAAGCUCGUGUGGCAACCAAGCGAAGUCAUGUAUGACGUGCACUUACUUUAUGUCAAUUACCGCAAGCUCUGUGCACACGGCCAUCGACUGCUUAUAUAUGCUGUUGCAGUGCUUGUCAAUAGAGAAUCCUGGUGAACAUUUGACCUCAUUGUCCACUGAUAGGCAUUGCCAUCAUUGCAGACAAUGAAACUUUGAAUGCCUC